GCCAUUGAACUAGAGUAUGCUAAAAGUAUGUUUGAUCUACACAAAAAAUCACACCCAAAUGAUGAAAUUGUAGGCUGGUAUGCUACAGGCUCAGAUGUCACAGAACAUUCUUUGCUCAUUCAUGAAUACUAUUCACGAGAGGCAACCAAUCCAGUGCAUGUUACAGUGGACACUACACUUAAAGGUUCUCGCAUGGGAAUAAGAGCUUAUCAGAGUGCUAGUGAAAGGCUUUUAGAAAUGCUUGGUACCGUGGUGGCUUAUGUGGAUGAUGUUUUGUGGAUCUCGUUACUUCAGUUCCUCGAAUGUCAAAAGAAGACUUUGAAUCUAUCCUGAACAGUAACAUGCAGGACUUGCUGAUGAUUGUGUACCUGUCAGGCCUUUGCAAGGCUCAGAUCUCGCUUGGAGAGAAACUGGCGACUGUUAUAUAGUAUUUCGGAUUUUAGUGCGCAAAUAAAUUAUAGAAUUAACCCUC